GCUGUGUUGAAUUAGCUGGUGGACAGCAGUGUUGCCGCGUUUCAGCGGAUUAUACUCGAGUCCCUGCAGCAACCAUGUCUUCAGUCGAGUCUCUGAGAGAGUUCAUCAGCGAGCGGUUAACUGCUGCUGCUGAAGAAAUAUUCUCGGAGUUUGAGAGAACCAUCGUCCGGUACGAAGAGGAGAUCGAGCGUCAGCGCAGACUGCUGGACAUCACCGGGAAACCUGGAGCCCCUGGAGCCCCCAGAGAUGCAGCAGGUACCGGGAAACCUGGAGCAGGUCUCCCUCAACGGCAUGGAUGUGCAGAGCAGGAGGAAGGGAUUCUUGGAGACUUGCAGCUCUCUAACUACAAAGACUCAAUUUUUGACCAGGAGGGACCAGAACCUCCACACAUCAAAGAGGAAGAAGAAGAGGAACUCUGCACCAGUGUGAAGGAAGAGCCCGUCGCGCCCAAGCAGGAGGCCGAAGCCUUCAUGGUCACUCCUCUGUACGGGAAAAGUGACCUCAGUGAACAAGAACCAAAGAGUGAGCAGUUGGUCUCUGUAGAUGGGAUCCAGGAUCAGGAAGGAAGCAGACAUGAAUGCUCAGAUUCACAUGGAAACACAGGGCUGAAUGAAAAGAAAAGACGGAGCCGCAUCAGAAGUCAUGGUACGUGUGGGACCAGUGGGACUGACAGCGAUAAAAGCAUUGGGAAAUGUGAGACUUGUGGACUGUCUUUCAAAUUCAAGUCCCAAAUGAAGAAACAUCAGAAAAGCCACCUAGGUGAGAAGCCAUACGCUUGCAACUUCUGUGGGAAAAGAUUCUACAAGACAUCGUCGAUGAAAUAUCACGAAAGGAACCACACUGGAGAAAAGCCGUACCUGUGCAUCACCUGCGGUAAAAGAUUUUCUCACCCAUCAGCGUUUAAAAGACACAAGGCCAUUCACACGGGAGAGAAGCCAUUUUCUUGUGAAACUUGUGGAAAAACUUUCAGUCAGAAGAGUCACAUGAUGGUCCACACAAGAAUUCACAGCGUACAGAAGGAGUACCUCUGCCACUCAUGCGGGGAGACGUUCUCUGCACUACCAGCACUGAAGAAACACCUGCUAACCCACUCGGGGGAGAAGCCCUAUUCAUGCGAAGUGUGUGGGAAAUUUUUCACCAGACGGUUUCAUCUGGUGAGCCACAUGAGGACUCACACCGUUGAAAAGCCAUUUUCAUGCAAAAUAUGCGGAAAAGGUUUUACUCAACACGUUAGGUGGAUUGUACACACGUCGAGUCACGCGGCCGAAAAACCGCACGCGUGCAGCACUUGUGGGAAGCGAUUUUUCAAGACUUCCUCCAUGAAAUACCACGAAAGAAACCACACUGGAGAAAAGCCAUUCCUUUGCAACACAUGUGGGAAAAGGUUCUCACAUCCGUCUACGUUUAAGAGACACAAGGCCGUCCACACAGGCGAGAAGCCGUUUUCUUGUGAGACUUGUGGAAGAAGUUUCAGCCAGAAAGGUCACAUGGUCGCCCACACGAGAAUUCACACAGGCGAGAAGCCUUUUUGUUGUGAAACAUGUGGCAAAACUUUCACCAAAAGAAAGUUUUUGAUUGGCCACAUGAUGUCUCAUACAGAGGAGGAGUCAAAGUCAAACCUUUUUUGGGAAAGAUGACCUGGGAUCCAUUCGUCCAUCCAUCACUUUCUGUGUUUGUUUUUCCGUUCAUGGUGGCUGCAGUCUAUCACAGCUAACCCUGCGUUCACACUGAAAGCGUCAUGGGCGUCAUAGGCAGCCGGCUGCCAUUCAUUUCCUAUGAAAACGUGCGUCGAGAGGCAGCGAGAGCAGUGCGUCAAUUUGAAGUUGAAAAAUCUGAACUUUAUGCAAAUGAGCAGCAGUGCUGCCGAGGCAGCGUCCAAUCACAGACCGGGAUUCCCGAAGCAAGAAGCCUCAAUGCAGAUUGUACUUUCAUGUACACAAACGUACACUCAUUCACAUGCAUACAGGAGCAGAGCUGUGCACUAACAAACUUAUUUUAUCAGGAAUGAAUAUAUUUCAUCCAGCAAACUGACAUUUUUGCUGAUUUGACUGCUGUUUUUACCUGAGCUGGUCAUGUGAAACAGGUAUCUGAUGGUUGAGCUGGAUGGUCCCAACGAUUUUAUUUGCUACAUUGAUCCAACGCAAAAUAAUUAAAAACCGUGCUUAUUAUUCACAAAACACAGUUUAAAAAUCAUGACCAAAUCCGCUCUGACCCGGUGUGUCAGUGUUCACUGCUGACAGACUGCAGCUUCAAGCCUGAAUUACAGUUCCGCGUUUAAUCGACGGCGUAGGGUACACGGCGACACUCACCGUGCGGUGUGCGUCGCCACGUACCCUACGCUAGGCUCUGCGUUUGUGUGACGCAGAACCAUAAAUCAGCCUUCACCGGGAGCGAGGGCUCGCUUGUGGUUGAUGUUGAUCCGUGGACAAAACUUGUUAAGGAGCAUCAAACUCACUCUUAUCUACGCGGAAAUAACGCUAAAAUAUAAAGAAGGCGUCCCAAAGUGUGAUCUAUGGUGAAAUAGGAAACUGAAGAUGUGCAGCUAUAUGUGUAGACUGUUCCCACUGUUCCCUCCAGUUCUGCAGCGCAGCUUUAGCCCCGCCCACUGCAGCUUUAGCCCCGCCCACUGUAGCUUUAGCCCCGCCCACUGCAGCCGUCAACAGUACAUGAAGUUUUCAGUGUGAACGCACCAAGCAGGGAGAUGCUGGCGUCAGAAGUUUUUUUACGCUUUCAGUGUGAACGCAGGGUAAGGAUAAUAACCUUAGCUUUACUAGAACUGACUGCACCCAACCCUGGUCUGUCCAUUCAAAUCUGUGAAUGGGCAGACUGGCAGGCCUGGAACCCUCACAAAUGAGCUGUUUUAGCACCACAAGGCUAUCUAUUUAUGAUCAAAUCAGUCCAAACAUCCUUAUUUCAGACUUUGCUGUUGGAACAACAUCCACAAAUGAGCUGCUGGAGAUGAGAUGAGCCCCAGUGACGCUCUACUGGGUCCGGAUGCCAAGAUUUGAGUCAUUUUCAUAACCACUAACCAAAAAAUUUCCAUCCUGUUUAUGCAUUAAAGGGGACAUAUGGCAUUUAAUGUAUAUUUUAAACAGGCCUUGAAUGUCUUAAAAACAAUCUAAAGCUUGUUUUUUCUACAUAAAUCAGAAAUCCAGCCUGUGGACCCUGUGUCUAGUUUUACCGCUUCUAAAGCCUUUUUCUGUGCUUCAUUUUAAGGGCGGGGGGGGGCUAUGAUAAUGAGGCUCUGCGCUGAUUGGCUGCUUGAAUGACGUGUAGCAGGGGAGGAGACAAAGCGUCUCUCCGGGGAUAAGAGCAGCGGCUGCGUAGCAAAGCGUGUCCACGGUUCUGCGUUAAAUCGACGCGUACCCUACGCCGUAGGCUCUGCGUUGGUGUAACGCGGAACCAUAAAUCAGCCUUUAGUCACCUCGUCUUCACACAGGAAGACUUAAUUUAAUUCUAAACAGGUACACCACGGUUAUUUACUCCAAUUCCUCAUCAUUUCACUUAUGUUACAAGACAAAUGAAUCAUGUUAACUGUAAAGAAAUCACAACACUGAAUUUUCACAAAUGGCAACUUUAUUGUUAAAAUAUAUAAAUAACAUUUAUGCACUAUUGCUGGCUCAAGGAAGGACCGCGCGUCCUCUGAAUUUGUCGUUGAACAGCUCCAGGUGCAUUGCUUGGAAGAUUUGAAACCACAGAAGAAAAAUGUAUUACUAAUUACUAAUAAAGCCGCCGGCGCCCCCGGGUUCAGAGUCGGGCUCCUCGACGGUCUGGUCCGUGAGCAGCUCCGGCAGCUCCGUAGGCGGCGCCGGGGCUCCGGAGCUAAGCUAAAUACUUAGCCCAUGCAAAGAUCAUAUAAAUAACAUUAAAAAAAAAGGAACUUACCGCUGACUCGUGUGCAGUUACCGGGUCCGUGCUGUGGGAACUGAUCCUUUUAUGAGGGUAAAUGUCGAUGCAAAAUCUCAUUUCUACUCUCCCUCGCUGUUCAAACAGCCACCGCUUCUAAACUCUCUGAAACUUCUCUGUACGGCGGGGGUCACAGACCUUGCAGAAAUUCAUGGGAUUUCGUCUCCCCUGUGCUGACAGGGUGAGGGGAGACCACUUUAUAUAUGUUAAAACAAGAAAAAACGUGUUUUUCAUAAUAGGUCAUCUUUAAGCUUUUUUAAAAUGUUUAUUUAUUUUUCUUGAUCUCAUCUCAUCCCAUACGGUUUUUGUGAAUGUGAAUCAAACCAUGGAGUCUAAAACUUUUUUUUUUUAACCAGACUGUAAAUAUUUUUUUUUUUUCUCCUUUAAAGUUGGACAUUUUAACUCAGAUGUCAGUGGAGAUGAACUCAUUGUUUGAUCCCGAACCCUAGUGGUCAGUAAAGGAACUGCAGGUUGGAUCCAGACCCUAGUGCUCAGUAAAUGAUAAACCUUUUGAGUGUGUAGUGGGAAAUCCCAUUAUGAUUCUACUGCACCAUGACCGUACUGUAUAUCGCUGUCUGGCAAAGACAAACUGGAAUAGCUAUGUUGUGUGUAGACAAGUGGUAAUACAAUAUAUAAUUUGCUUUUUAGAAAGAAAAAAAAAAAUAUGACUUUUGACAUGAUCUUUGACCACCAAUGUACAGAUACAUUGGGAUGUAUCUGCUUCUGGAAAACCGGGACUUCCCUAAUUUUCUUUUUUUUAUUCUUAUUAUUAUUAUUUCAAAUGGUUCCAUUGAUGUUGGAGUGUAAAUACGUGUGGAUGUGGCAAAUGUUUGUAUUUUUCCCUCCGUAGCUCAGUUACCUGUGGACUAUUAACUCAGCCUGAAGCUUAGAAAAAUUUCAGAACUGGUCACGUGUUUGACAGUUGCAUUAAACGUUCAUCGUUUAACAGUGACAAUUCAAUUCAAUUUUAGAAGGGGGUAGAAACCUUGUCCAGGACCUGGAUCAACAGCCAACUAUGGAUUAACAGAGUGGUUUUCUAAAAGCUUCAAUGUAAAUGUUGACAAGAGUGUUUCAGUGCUGGUCAUUAAAGCUGAAUAUGUCAAAUAAAACUGCCUGUUUCUCUCUUUUGGGGCCCAGGACCUGAACAAUACAAUUUAAAAGCAGACAAAUUCUUUUGGAGAUCAAAUGCACAAAUAUGGUGUUACAUCAGUGCUGUAACGCACAAGAUCCUCACCACGGAGUCACGUGCAGGUAUUGAUCGUAAUCUGUCCAGCAUUUUACAAAUACAACAAAAACAGCUGUUGUAAGAACACAAAACUAUGAUCUUGGUGCAAGAGACAGAGGUUUUUUGUCACUUUAAGGCCGGGAUGAGGGAUCCCGGGCCUCAUCAUCCCACCUGAACAGUGAAGACGCCAUCAUUCCAUCAGAACAGUGAAUAGAACAUCAUCUUCAUACUUGGGACAUCAUCCCAUCAUACUUUUGAACCUAACAGUGCGUUCACACUGAAAGCGGCAGCCGGCUGCCAUUCAUUUCCUAUGAAAACGCGCGUCGAGAGGCAGCAGGAGCAGCGCGUGAAAAAUCUGAACUUUAUGCAAAUGAGCAGCAGCGCUGCUGAGGCAGCGUCCAAUCACAGACCGGGAUUCCCAAAGCGAGAAGCCUCAAUGCAAAUUGUACUUUCAUGUACACACAAACGUACACUCACUCACAUGCGUACAGGAGCAGAGCUGUGCUCUAACAAACUUAUUUUAUCAGGAAUUAAUAUAUUUCAUCCAGCAAACUGACAUUUUUGCUGAUUUAACUGCGGUUUUUCAUGUGAAACACGUAACUGAUGGUUGAGGAGCUGGAUGGUCCCAACGAUUUUAUUUGCUACAUUGAUCC